AUGCGCGCUUGGUCGCGCCGCCGCCGCGCGGAGGGAAAGGCCGUCGCUUUAGUCCCCACGAUGGGCUUCCUCCACGAGGGCCACCUCUCGCUCGUCUCCGCGGCCGUGGCGGCCUCCGCCGGCCCCGUAGCCGUCGUCGUCUCCAUCUACGUUAACCCCAGCCAGUUCGCCCCCACUGAGGACCUCGCCACGUACCCCUCCGACUUCGCCGGCGACCUCCGCAAGCUGGCCGCCACCGGGGUCGUCGCCGCAAUCUUCUGCCCCCGGACCUUCUACGUCCGCGGCAGCGCUGACCGCCCCUCCGCCGCCGGCGCGUCCGGGGACGCGCGGCUGGAGAAGGGGCUGUGCGGGAGCAGCAGGCCUAUCUUCUUCCGCGGCGUGGCCACCGUGGUCGCCAAGCUGUUUAACGUCGUCGAGCCGGACGUCGCUGUGUUCGGGAAAAAGGAUUAUCAACAGUGGCGCGUCAUUUGCCGGAUGGUUCGCGAUCUCGAUUUUGCUAUACAUAUAGUUGGUUCGGAAAUAGUGCGUGAAGCUGAUGGUCUUGCCAUGAGCUCUCGCAAUGUAAAUCUGUCACACGAGAAUAGGGAGAAGGCGUUAUCAAUUAGUAGAUCACUGAUGGAUGCUAGAACCGCUGCCCUCAAUGGAAGCAAUCAUAGCCAACAAAUAAAAGAUCAAAUAGUGCAGACACUUACUGAAGCUGGUGGUCAGGCUGACUAUGUUGAGAUUGUGGAGCAAGAAAGCUUGGUGCCUGCGGAGAGGAUGGACCGUCCUUGUGUAAUUUGUGUCGCAGCAUGGUUCGGAAAGGCCUCCCGGUCCUCCACAGAGCUCCAGGUGCAGGGCAGGGCGCCUCCCUCCACAGAAAGGCUGCGGGCUGGUACUGGGCCUUGGCCUGCUAGCAAAGCCCGCAGCAAAAUGGAACGGAAGGCCUACCUACCCUGCUCCGCCUCCGCCCCGUGCUUGCGCCGCUGUGGCCGGCCUCCCGAGCUGGAAGGCACUAUGGAGGUGCUGCCGGAUGACGUCGUCGGAGAGAUCCUCCUCCGCUUCCCACCGGCCGACCCCGCGAGCCUCGUCCGCGCCGCACUCGUCUGCAAGCCCUGGUACCGCAUCGUCUGCGGCCCCAGCUUCCGCCGCCGAUUCAUGGAAUUCCACCGCGUAGCUCCACUGCUCGGCUUCCUCUGCAACACCUCCAACCCCAACGCCCGAUUCGUCCCCACCUCCUCCUUCCGCCCGCCAAACGCCGACGACCUGAUCGCGCUCCAUGACUGCGAGGGGGUGGUGGAGGAGGAGGUGGUCUGGGACUGGGACUGCGUCGCGCUCGACGCACGCCACGGCCUCGUCCUCCUCUACUUCGUCGUGGGUGAGGACCAGGACGACCUCCUCGUCGUCUGGAACCCAACAACCGCCGAGCGAUGGGAGAUAUUCCCAGUCCCUGAUAUCUGCGACUGCGACCGCUUCGAGUGGUACGCUACUGUGCUCUCCGCGUCCACUGCCAACGGCCACCUCGACUGCCACGACAACAUGCCCUUCGUCGUCGUUCGCGUGGUCACCCAGAGCCACAACCAGCGCAGUUUUGACUUGGCCACAUUGGAAACAUCUGUGAUUCACCUACCUCCAGCUUCCAAGUGUGCUACUGUGCUCAUGGCGAUGGAGGAUGGUGGUGGUCUGGGAUUUGCAAGAGUGGAUAUGGACGCCAGACUCUCCCUCUGGUCAAUGGAGGCGAAUCCGAACGGAGACAUGGGAUGGACACAGACUAGAGUCAUUGAGCUUGAGAAGCUGCUUCCUGUCGAUGCCGACUCCAUCUUUUGUAGUUUCCUUGGCUUUGCGCAUGCUGUUGGUGUCUUUUUUGUGGCGACGUAUGAUGAUGGAUUAUUCAGUUUCAAUCUUAAGUCUGGUCGGGUGAGGAAGGUAUACGAGGAGGAAUGUGAUGUAUUUGACUACCUCGGUCGUGUUCCCUGUGUUGUUCCCUACACGGGCUUCUGCACUCCAGCUUGCAUUUUUCAUUGA